CCCAGUCCUGAUGUCAGAAGAGAGGCUUUUGGAGUGGGGACUGCUGUGUCCUGCUGUGUUGAUGUAUGUUCUCCUUGGUUGGUCUUUGUUUAUUGAUUCCGUUUAUUCUUGCCUGAGAUCGUCAAGUGUGUGGCCACACUAAGUUAGAAUGGUUUUAAAGAUCCUGUGAGGAAUAUUACGUCACAUUCACACACUGGCAGAGGCUGCUAUGUAAAGAGCCCAUCAAGAUCAUCCAAUCCCAUUCACACACUGAUGACACGGCACCUGGGGCAGUUUGGGGGCAGUUUGAGGUAAAGCGACACUUUGAAAAAUUGACAGCAGGCCCUGACCUUCAAAAUGUGAGACGACUGACACCACCACUGAGUCACAGCUGCCCUCCAAAGUGGACUAUUUUGGCUCUUUGCUGAUCAUGACCUGCACGUGCUUAUGAGGCGUUGAGCCCAGGGGCUGAAGGGACUCACGUGUAAGGAUGAGAGCAAGUGCCAGUCCGAUAGCUGUCACCAGGAGCAGGGCAGCAGCAGAGAUCAUCACCACCCCCCAGCCACAACCCGGACCUCGCAGACGUAUCGCACACACACCAAACAGACCCCAGCCAAGACCUGAAUGACAGAGUGCUGACAUCAAAUAAAGAAGCUGACUGCAGGUCGAAAUAGACACGCUUCCCGUCACUCAAUGAAAAAUAGUCCCACUGAUACAGAGCCCGGUCAUGUAUGUCAAACCUGUACUAUGGAUCCUACUCUUCAGCUCUCUUCAGCAGGUGUUUCUGCAGGACCCAGAGUAUGACUACCAAACAGAUGAAGAUCAGGAGCCUCUGAACUGUUUGACCACAGAGAGAAUCAGAGGUGGACAUGUCACCUACUCACAGGAGGGGCUGGAGGGCAGUGUGCUGACCCAUCACUGCAGCCCAGGCCAAUACCCUUCCCCUGUCAGCACCAGGAUCUGCAGUGAUGGGGAAUGGUCCCCCAUGAGGUUACCCAGUGGCAGGCAGGUGUCUCAUGCAACAUGCAAAGCUGUGCUGUGUCCAGGCCAGCUCCAGCUUGAUCAUGGUGAUUUCUGGCCCGGGGACCAGUGGCUCCCUGUCGGGGCGACGCAGAGCUUCUCCUGCCAGGACGGGUUCACCUUGCAUGGGUCGGCUCAGAGGAACUGCACCCUGACAGGGGAGUGGACAGGGACCACUCCUGUCUGUGAGAACCUUGAUGCGUCAGAUGACUGUAAUGACCCAGGCAUCCCACCAGGGGCCCAGAGGUCAUCAGGACACUUUUACGAAGGGGAGAAAGUGAUCUACCGUUGCCAGGCUGGUAUGGAUAUCCUCGGCUCAGCUGAGAGGAUUUGCCUGCAGAACAGGGAGUGGAGUGGCUCAACUCCACGCUGCCAAGCCCCAAAUACCUUUGACUCCCCAAGUGUUGUGGCAGCAGCCAUGGCAGGGUCACUAGCAGGAGUCAUGGAUGUCUUCACACCAGACGCACAACAGAAAGGUGACAGGGUGUCUUUCGCACGGACCUUUCGUGUGUCUGAGGGCAGCCGCAUGAAUGUCUUUAUUUUACUGGACACAUCAGGAAGCAUCACAAAGCAGGACUUUGAAAAAUCCAGGGAUGCCACCGUGGCACUCAUUAGAAAGUUGGAGAGCUACGAGGUACAGAUGAAGUUCCAUGUAUUGUCAUUCGCCAGUGAAGCCAGAGAUAUUGUAAACAUCACAGACUCUGAUACAAGUAGCGAUGUUGAAAACGUCAUAUGGAAUUUGAUGGAGUUUAACUACCACAGUCAUGGGCGUAAGACAGGCACCAACCUUCAUGCUGCUCUGAAGCGUGUGGGUGAAAUGAUGAGCUUUCUAAAGGAAAACAACGCCAAGAACCAUUUUAAUGAGACUCAGAACAUUAUCAUCAUAGAAACAGACGGUUUCUCAAACACAGGCUCUAAGCCUCAGAUUGACCUGGCCCGGAUCCGAAAUCUUCUGGGUUAUCACAAGUUUACUCCAGAUCAUACAGACGAGACAAUGCUGGAUGUUUAUGUGUUUGGUAUUGGUGACCGAGUGAAAAAAGAUCAGCUGAACUCCUUGGCCUCAAAGAAACGUGAUGAGCACCACGUCUUUGUUCUGAAAGACUACCAAAGUCUGGGGGAAGUGUUCAACAGCAUCAUAAGUGACAAGAGUGUGACAAUGUGCGGGAUAGCUCAAGAAGACACCGCCGAUCAGCAGGCGAUGGAUGCAAAUUGGGUCUUCACUAGACCCUGGCAUGUCACCGUCGAAACUUCCAUGACGUGUGUUGGAUCUAUUGUGAGCCAGAACUGGGUGCUGACAGCUGCUCACUGCUUUGCAAAAGCGAGUACAGACAGCAUUUAUUCUUCAGCGCACAUAAUAACUGGUGAGGGCACAGUGGUUCCUAAGCAGGUGAUCAUGCACCCCAAUUACAACACCAGAGCUCUCAAACACAGAAAUGUAUCCGAGUUCUACGACUACGAUGUCGCCCUGGUGCAGGUGAACAUGAGUAUCCCUCUCUCCUGGAAAGCCAGACCUAUCUGCUUGCCAUGUACUGUGCCAGCCAGCCGGGCCAUGAAAAAAGUCAACUCUACCUGCAAGCAGCACAGGGAAGAACUGCUACCUAAUGAGGAGACUGCUGCAUUUUUCAUCCAUCAGAACUCCAAACGCAAAGACACAUAUAUUCACACACGGAAUCGAAGACUCAGCUGUGUGGAAAAGGCAAAGGUAACCCUCAAAGAGCCGACUGAUGUGACUUUGGAAGAGUACGUACCGGACAGAUUUCUCUGUUCAGGUGGAUCCCCAGGAUACCAGUAUGCUGUAUCCUGUAAAGGCGACUCUGGAGGAUCUCUGUUUCUGCAAAAAAGAAAGCGCUACUUUCAGGUGGGAGUACUGAGCUGGGGCACCAUUGACAUAUGCAAGAACCCCAACUCAUUUCGCGGACGGGGUAGCAAUGACAGGCCGCCUCCUGAUGCUCGAGACUUUCACAUCGAUCUGUUCAAGAUAAUGCCGUGGCUGAAACAGCAUCUGGGUAAGGAGAUCCAGUUCCUGCCUGAGACCAACUGAGAGACCAGAGCAGGUUCAGCCCGUUUCCAAAGCUUUAUUAUCAGAUAGAAAAGUGUUGACUUACAUACAGCUGUGGUGCAGUAAGCUCAAUUGUAAAAGAAGGCUUCAAUCAUAAACAACAUGAAACAGUGUUUUACAUCUCUUUUUUUUUUUUACUACAGAUGUGAAAAACAUGCUUAAUCAGCUCCUGAGUUGCAGACUUAAUGCAAAUAUAUCCAUACAUUAAUGACAGCCUGUUAGGUUAUCUGAUACACCUGAUUCGUUAUUGCUAGUCUGAUCUUCAUUUUGGGUCUUAGCCAACAGUUUGCAUAUUAUUUAGACCUAAAGCAGUGAAAACCCAUUAGAGCCAAAAGCAUAAGAGAGCCAGCUGUCCUAUCAGCCCUCAGAAAACAGCCGGAACAGAGUUUCUGAUUCGCUGUCUUUGAAGUUUGGGACGAAAUGGAUCUGGAGAAUCUCUGAAAAUCCCUCGGAGAGAGUAGGAGCCACAAAGUGUUUCCUGUUACAGAGAGAGAGAGAGAGGAGUGGUGAGUAACAGAGCUGGUACGGUUACAAUUCUUAUGUUUACCAGCAGAAAUGACCCUUUAACUUUCGCCUCAACAAGUAAAAUAUCUUGUUUGCAUGCAUCCAACUGCAUGUUAAGAAGCUGUGUGUAUAUAUAUUUUUGGCCCUGACUUCUGUGUUUCAUAACUGGUUACAGUAAGAGAAAAAGUCUUUGUCUUACCUGUAACUGUGGAAAACCAUGUCGUUAACCUUUGCGUGUUUUUUGUCUGAUGGAGCCAUCUCACGGAACUGGGAAAGACAACAACUCAUUAAUAAAAACACUUGUCAUCCCAGUCAGGAUAAACACUGAGGUGUUGAAAAGCUGAAGAUUA